GAACCGCCAGCUUGCUGCCCUCGUUGGGCUACUGACAGUCACGGCAUUCACUACCCUACCUUCAUCUACGACCUCGACGAUGGCCACCAACAUCUCACCAACGCCAUCAUCGACUGCGACCCCGACCAGCAACGUUUCUACGAUGACCAGUGCGAACAUGCUCCCCCCUCCAAUUCCGUAUCCAGCUCAUCCAUUUGAUUCGAAAUACCGUGAAAGAUUGUCAGUCCCAAGUUUCUCUCCUUUCUUCCUUCAUCUUUCGGUGGAUUUUGCUGUCGCUCUGGGUAUUAUAUGGAGAGGCAAUGAGCUGCUGGGAACCGUAUCAGAUGAACAGAUGAACAGAAGGACCUUGUCAGCAUGACACGACCCGAAUCCCUGGUUGUGGGUCGUAGUUCCAGAGCUUUUCUAUUCUUUGUUGGUUUUUUUCUUUCGCUUUAUACUCCAAUGGUCAUUAUUGGGUACUGACGAUGACAAUGUCAAUCCUUCCUGUACCAUCCAAUGGACCACCUUACCCUCUUCCAUCGUAUGCCCAUAGACAAUACGAGCUCACAGUCAGGCAAGAACCAAAGCAGGCGAGGAUGUGCGGAGUGGGUGGAAAAGCGGAUAGACGACCGAUUGAUCCACCACCUAUAGUUCAACUUCGUGUCGUUGAUCCAUACGCGUCCACUUCUGGACAACAUCAUCAUUCAACUUCAACCUCCUCUUCUUCACCAUCGUCAGGGCCGGGCUCGGGGACGAAACCUCGUGCGAGCUCAUCACGGAGCGGUAGUCCAACACCCAGUGCGGGCGGGGGAGAAGAUCGGGAACGUGAACAUCGACAGGUAGUGGGAGGAGGUGACGGGAAUGAUGAAGUGGAUGUAGAUAUGGAGUCUGGUAACGAUAGGGAGAGAGAUAGAAGUUGGAGUCAUGAAAGAAGUAGGGAGAAUGAGGACGACGAGCAGGCUGGUGAUCAGGAUAAGGAUAGAGAAGGGUCUAGUACACCUACGCCGUUUGGUUCAGGCGAGGGUCAAUCAUACGGUUACGCCCAUUCAAGUUCAUACCUACAGAAUCCCUACUACUUCAUGUUCGCGAGUCUAGCGAAACCGGACGAUGACGUGGAAUUGCAUUGGCUCAAGGACGGCCGUACGAGAUGCACGACUGGAUCGGUGGUCUCGUCCCUCUAUCACCUCAAAGACCCACAGCGGAAUAAUGAAGACGCUGGCUUUUUCGUCUUUCCUGAUCUGAGCGUUAGGACAGAAGGUAGUUAUCGGCUCAAGCUGAGCUUGUUCGAGGUUGUUGGAAACACUGUGCGACAUUGCAAGUCGAUAUUCUCCGCUCCGUUCUACGUGUAUACUGCCAAGAAGUUCCCGGGAAUGGAAGAAUCCACUCCAUUGUCAUGUUCACUCGCAGACCAAGGGAUCAAAAUCCGAAUACGGAAGGAUAUCAGAGUUAGGAAACGGCCGAUACAUCAGAUUGAAGCACCUGGACAUCCGUCAUCGAAUGUCGCUGGAUCGACAUCUUCUCCAUAUUCAUUCGCCCCCGGGCAGACGCAAAAUUCGACGCAAACCCAGACCCAGGAACAGGACAAGACCUCUGCUUCCUCGUUACUUACACCUGGUCCGGUUCAGGUACCACCACCACCUCCGAUGGGACAUCCACCAUCCGCACCCCUCACGAACACUUAUGCCCCUUUCCCUCCUAUCGGUCAACCCCAACAAUCCCAACAGCAUACACCCGUACCUCAACAACAUAUACCACCUCCACCACUUCCUCCUUCGCACGGUUAUCAACAACAAUACGCUUCCCAACCGUCGUCGUAUUGGGGUUAUCCACCUGGACUUGCGCCUCCUCCUUAUCAACAACAGCAAUCCCCUGGGACGAUUACGAUUACUUCCAUGGGUGCACCGCCUGGUGGGUUACCUGGAGGUGGGCCGCUGCAACCUCUUCCGCCUGAGAUGCAACCGGGGUAUGCCCCACCACAACCACCACCACCGUCCCCACCACCUUCUCAUCCUGCUGAGGAUGUUACCAUGGGGAGGAGGAGUGCGAGUCCGGAUGGUGGGCAUGGAGGAAGCGGAAGUGAUCGUGAGACUGGGAAGAGGCGGAGUUCGAGGAUGAAUGUUGAUGGUGGUGAGGAUGAGGAUAAUCCGGAAGAGGAUGAGAGUAAUGACGACGACGAUGAUGGCGAUUCGGAUUAUGAAGAGGGGAGGGGGAAGCGGGUGUCGGGGUCUAAGAAGAAGAGAGAGGAUAAGAGGAAGGGGAGUGGUAAACGAAGGGAUAAGAGGGAUAAGGAGAGACUAAGGGGGAAGUUGUCGCUGCCUAGGAGAGAGGCGAAGAGAUCGAAGCUUGAUAAUGAUGUUGGGGUUCUGGCGAAUGGAACCGUUGCGUUUCAACCGAAUCCUGCUCCGGUAUAUGGUACGGGGCUUCGUUCGUGGCCUCCUAAUGGUGGUGGGCAUAUACCUCCACCUCUAGGUGCCGUUAUAGCGCCACCUGUUAUUGAUCCUUCGUUGGGUGGUGUUAGGAUUCCACCGCCGCCUGGAGCUACGGUGUUGAAUGGGGCUUGUGGAGGAAGUGGGCAGGCGACGCCUACGCCGACGUCAGAUAAUCGGAAUGAAGCUGCUGGUGUUUCGUCGACCUCGACGUCAUCUGCCGCUCCUACGACUUUGGGUGGGGGAAGUAAUAAUACUGUGAAUUCGACGGGCGAUGGUUCUGGAGCCUCGAGGUUUGAGGAAUCGUAUGGCCAAUACGACGCUUCUCAGCCAUCUCAACCGCCCCCGCCUCCACCAUCGCAGCAGCAGCCGCAACAAAAUGCCCAGUACCAACCGCAACCACCACCACCCAAUGCGUACGGACCUCCUCCUCUCCUUACCCAUCUACAUGCUGGACCGCCACCGCCGCAUCCAGGGUCUAUACCUCCUCAUCCUCAAUAUGGAUACCCAUCACCACAUCCUCAUGCCCCGUACCAUCCAUAUCCUCAACAAUCGCCUUAUGGUUAUGGACCGCAUUGGGGACCGCCGCCUCAUCCCAUGCCUACCUAUGCACCACCACCCGAUGCGUAUCAACACCAACACCAGCAUUCUCAUGUUUAUGGUGGGACGUAUGGACAGCAACCCCCUCCCCCGCCGCCUCAUGCGCCUCAUCAUCAGAUGUACCAACCUCAGCCACCCCAACCUCAACCUCAGCAGUAUCCAUUGCCCCAGCCACCGUCGUAUUAUGGUUAUUAUGACCAGAGUCAACAGCAGCAACAGUUUAGUUCUAGCUCUACGGCGGCAGCGGCGUCAUCAUCGUCAGCCCAUGGUCCUGGGAGUGCACCUCCCCCAUCUCAUCCACCUCCUACUCCGACGCAUGCUCAUGCAAGCGGGUAUGGGGAGCAUCAACCUCAAGCACAGCCUCAACAUCAACAGUAUGGGAGGUACACUGGGAUACAGCAACAGCAGAUGAGGGCGUACGCUGGUUACGGGCAUAGCCAGUAUCAGGGUGGAACCGCGAAUGCGAGUCCGAGUCCUGGUGCGGGUGCGAAUACCAAUAAUCCGAACGCGAGUCAAUCCCCGACUACACAGAAUCCAUCUCAGUCUCAAUCUCAGGAUCAGUGGGUGACGCCGCCUGCUCCUACGACCUUGUGGGAUUCCGGGAGUGGGAGUGGAAGUGGAAGUGUGGGAGCAGGAGGGUAUCAGUAUCAGUCUCACCAGCAAACACAACAGCAGGAUAAGAUACAGCUCGCACCGUUGAGAGCUGGAUCUUCUGGUGCAAUGGUUGGCGUUGGGAGUAAUGCGACGACGAUACCUAAUAUUUCUGGGCAUCAUAGUGUUUCUGUUUCCUCGUCGCAUGCUCAGGGGAGAGGACUCCAUCAUCAUCAUCAUCAUCAUCAUCCGCCAGUUAUAAGGUUACAUUCGCAGGAAAAUGUGGGCGUGAGGAAGGAAGGAGAGGGUGCGGAGAAGGGGAAGAAGAAUCUGCUUAGUAUUGGGAGUAUCAUUUCGUCUGAGUAGGGGUGGGGAUGGGAUACAUUUCACGUUGGGUAUGCUCUGUUUCACCUAUUCCCCCUUUUUUUUGUUUGGAUCGUCCCCUCUUCUUCGUUCGCACUUUGUCGAUUGCUUUGUAUUGUUUUUUUUUCUUCAUUUCUCACAUCUCCGGGAUUUUGAGCACUUUUUGGUUACUAUGCUAUCGUUUAUCUUUUCCUCUCUGUCAUCUCGUUCCCAUCAUGUGUUAGUAGGCUACUGCUCCGUUACCUCUAUUCCAGUCAAUUCGAAAUAUUUACACUCCUUCGUGCACAUGUUCUUCGCGUACAAGCUAUCUUACUCCUGGAACUGCAU